AUGAGCUUGACCCAUACGACGCUCAUACCGAACGUCAAUCUGCGCAACAUCAUUGAGUCCAUCAGAAUGCGGAUGCCUGCUAUUCAGUCGGAGCAGAUCAAAAGCAUCAAAGAGAUGCAAGAUUUGGAGGCCAUUGUCCGGUCCCUGAUGGAGGACCAGGGCAAGCUGGCAGUUACCUGUAUUGAUCCAACACGAUCGCCGGAAGCCUCCCCAGCUCCAUAUGCCUCCUCGCCCACUGCACCGCAUGUGGCUGCCGCGAGAUUGCCUCCACCUGACCGAGCAAGCAUGGAGGAGCCGAUCCCGGUUCUGCUGAGUCUUCUGCGACACGAGUCGGCGGAUGUUUGCCAGCGGGCUCUGGGAGUCAUUGAAGCACUGGUGGCAGCGGACCCUCGCCAUAGAGAUGCAGUCUGGCAUCACGGCGGCAUUCCCCUGAUCGUAAGCUUAUUGAGGAGUGGGUCCUCUGAGCAGCUUCAACAUGCCAGCACACUUCUCCGGACUUUGGCCAGUAGCCAACCAGAAGCCCAGAUGGCCAUCACUUGGGCGGGAGCAAUCCCUCUUCUGGUGGAGCACCUGGAUCAUGACGUCAGCAAGGUGCGAGUCGAAUCUGCCAAGGCUUUGUGGAGCCUGGCUCAGGGAAACUUGGACAACGAGACGUCUAUUGUGGAGCAGGGUGGCAUCAAGCGACUUGUUGCGCUUCUCUCCGGAGGGGCCGCAGAUGCUCGUGACCCUGUCCUGCACCUGCUCCUGAACCUGUCAUCUCACCAUGUGGCGCAUCAGGACAGCAUUACGCGCGCAGGGGCCGUUCCUAAGCUAGCCGACUUGCUUGCAGAUGGACACCUGCGACAGCUGGCAGCAGCCGUCCUCAAGUCACUGGCGCGUGAUCAUGAGGACAACCAGUCGGCGAUUGGGGCCACCAGUGGCGCGAUUCAGAAGCUGAUUCAGCUGCUGUCUGAUGAGUCGGCUGCCAUGCGAGAGUCUGCUGCUGGUGUGCUGCAUGUGCUAGUGGAAGGUGGACACGCCAAGAACGUGGCAGCUGUGUCCAGAAGUGGGGGCAUCCGUCCAUGCAUGGAGCUGCUGAAGGACGAGAAUCCUGGUGCCAAGGAAGACGCUGCUGGUGUCUUAGCAGCUCUCGCCAAGAAUGCGGAUAACCGCGUCUACAUGGCAGACCUGGGUGUAAUCCCGCUGUUCAUCGAUCCGGGCCAGAACUAG